AUGUUAUCCUGCCAUUCCUUCUACACGCCUUAUGCCAGGGGGUUUGUGAGGUCUGCGCGCCUGCAGUUGCGGCCAGCGCCGCUUCAUGCGCAGCUAUGGGAAUUCCCCAGAGUUGUGCAUUUUAACCGUCAAUACAGUAACCCUGUUGGUAAUGAAUCUCCGCUCAAAAAAUCGCUCCAAGUCCCCGCGUCCCCUAGGUUCAACGAGAUUGGCGUUCAGCAGCUCAGCGAUUAUGUACACCCUCAGGUCUUCCCAAGGAAGGGUCGCGUCCCGGAUCCGGAACUCGUUGCUUUGUCUAAGGACCAUCUGGCUAGACAUGACCUCUUAGGAAAGUCUCAAUCAGGGGGAACCCCAAUCGCCUUUGAUUUGCCACCACUUCAAGGACAGACUCUCGACGAACAUUUCUAUAAACUCGGCAUGGAUGCGUCGGAGCCCUACCUCACAUACGCAAAGCACUUCGCAACCGUGAACUGCCCCGCGCAGCCCCGAAAAUGGGAGAAACGCAGCGGAUGGACGAAAUACAACUCAGAUGGCUCAUCGGAGCCCGUGGAUGCGCCUGACGAAGCUAUGCUUACAUUCGAUACCGAGGUCAUGUACAAGGAUAAUUCAUUUGCGGUGAUGGCUUGUGCUGUGAGUCCUACUACUUGGUACGCAUGGAUUUCGCCAUGGCUCUUGGGCGAAACGGAAGAAAAGAUUCAUUUGAUACCACUCGGCGACCCAUCAAAACCGCGCAUAGUGGUGGGUCAUAAUAUUGGAUACGAUCGAGCUCGUGUCCUUGAGGAAUAUGAUAUGCGCCAGUCUAAUAACUUUUUUGUUGACACAAUGUCACUCCACGUAGCCGUGAACGGCAUGUGUUCUCAACAAAGACCGACAUGGAUGCGCCACAAGAAGAACAAAGACCUCCGCGACAAAAUUGCCAGCGAACACAAUUCUAUGGAAUUGGCUUCUCUUCUUGAGAACAAUAUGCUCCGAGAAGAGGAAGAGGAAUUGUGGGUGGGUCGAAGCUCGGUCAAUUCUUUGCGCGACGUGGCAAAGUUUCAUUGCGACGUGACUAUCGACAAGGCACAACGGGAUUUUUUCGGAGAGCUUGAUCGAGAAUCACUUUUGACAAAACUCGAGGAGCUCCUAGACUACUGCGCAGCCGAUGUGGCAAUUACACAUCGUGUCUACCGCAAAGUGUUUCCGAACUUCCUCGAAACAUGCCCCCAUCCCGUCAGCUUUGGCGCCUUGCGACACCUCUCUUCGGUUAUUCUUCCUGUCAAUCAGACAUGGCAGGAAUAUCUCACUCAAGCUGAGGAAACAUAUCAUAAACGCCUGGACGCUGUUCAGCGGAAAUUACUUGAGCUAUGCAAUGAAGCAUUGAAAGCUAAGGGCCAGGCGGAUGUUUAUACAAAUGAUCCUUGGUUACAGCAAUUGGAUUGGUCUGGCCAAGAAAUCAAAAUGGUUAAAGGAAAAAAGAAGAACGACCCUCCACGCCCAGCAGCGCGGCAGAAGAAGCCCGGGAUGCCCAAGUGGUACAAAGAUUUGUUCCCUUCAAGCACCGCCAACAUUAAUCUGACUGUGCGAACCCGAAUUGCGCCUAUUUUGCUCAAGCUAUCCUGGGACGGCUAUCCCCUAGUUUGGUCUGACAAACAUGGAUGGACGUUUAGAGUUCCCCGAGACCAAGUAAAAAAAUAUGAAAAUCAACCUGUUGUCCUUUGUGACAUGACCGAAGAAAAGAAUGUGCAAUUGAGAGAUGACAGGAAGAACGCCUACUUCAAAGUUCCACACAAGGAUGGCCCUCUGGCUAGAUGUACAAAUCCCUUGGGUAAAGGCUACAUGCAGUAUUUCGAACGUGGGAUCUUAUCGUCUCAGUACGAGCUUGCCAAGGAGGCUUUGGAAAUGAAUGCUUCUUGCUCUUAUUGGAUCAGCGCCCGAGAUCGAAUCAUGAGUCAGAUGGUAGUCUAUCAAGACCAAAUCCAAAAGGGGGACAUUUCCGACAAGAACGAUAAUCGCAUAGGGUUUAUUUUGCCUCAGGUAAUUCCUAUGGGAACGAUCACUCGUCGUGCUGUGGAGAAUACAUGGCUUACGGCGAGUAAUGCCAAAGGAAACCGCGUUGGCUCAGAGCUCAAGGCUAUGAUCAAGGCACCACCGGGACACUCGUUUGUGGGCGCCGAUGUUGACUCACAGGAACUAUGGAUUGCCAGCUUAGUUGGGGAUGCCUCCUUCCAGAUACAUGGAGGAAACGCGAUCGGAUUCAUGACCUUGGAAGGCUCUAAAGCUCAAGGUACCGACCUGCACUCUCGAAGUGCGCAGAUCUUGGGCAUCUCUCGAAAUGAUGCCAAAGUGUUCAACUAUGGGCGCAUUUACGGCGCGGGCGUCAGGUUUGCUGCCACUCUCCUUCGUCAGUUCAAUCCAACCUUGACAGAACGGCAAACACAAGAGACAGCCGCCAACCUAUACAAGGAAACGAAGGGUACGCGAACCUCAAGACGCCUCCUCAGCGAAACACCCUUUUGGCGAGGCGGCACCGAAUCUUUUGUGUUCAAUAAGUUGGAGGAAUUCGCCGACCAAGAAAGACCGCGAACUCCCGCUCUUGGCGCUGGUAUUACUGAAGCUCUCAUGCGCCGCUUUAUCAAUAAGGGCAGUUUCAUGACAUCUCGUAUUAACUGGGCCAUUCAAUCUUCCGGUGUUGACUAUCUACACCUUUUGAUUGUUGGCAUGGACUAUCUGAUCAGACGAUUCAACAUCCAAGCUCGCCUAGCCAUUACAGUCCAUGACGAAAUCCGCUACAUGGUUAAGGAUGAAGAUAGGUAUCGUGCAGCUAUGGCAUUACAAAUUGCCAACGUCUGGACGCGUGCCAUCUUUUCUCAACAAGUGGGAAUCGAUGACCUGCCUCAAUCCUGUGCCUACUUUUCUGCCGUUGAUGUUGAUCAUGUGCUACGCAAAGAAGUCGAUAUGGACUGUAUCACGCCUUCUCAUCCUCACAAAAUCCCCCACGGCGAAACCUUGGACAUUGCCCAGCUCUUAGACAAAGAUCAGCAGGCUUUCUUGGAUCCCUCUAUCACACCCAUUUCGCCCCCCUCUCCCGAAAAAUACACAUACGAACCGCGCGAGUCUGUCAUGUCCGCCCUCCAAGCAUCCAAUGAUGUCGCCCUGAUUAAAGCUCAAAUCACCAAGGAUGACAAAGAACUACGUGAGAUCAUCAAAGAGAAAUCAAGCUCCACGACUACCACCAAAGCUCCCAUCCCACGUUCUUCAGUGAAAUCCCGAGGCAAAGCGAAUGGCUGGGCCUCACCAGAGCCUCAGCGAGCUGUCUUAAUGGACAUGGAAACUGCUUUAUAUCCCGAUUUCCGAAAACCACCUCGCUCUCCCACCCCCGGAGGCAGACAAACCCAAGUAGGUUUCGAUCGCCCUACUUGGAAACCUCGGCCUUUCGCUCGGGCGUAA